CGUCACAAGGAGCCAUAUGGGCGUGACGAUUCUUAGGUUACGAAGUAAAGCCAAAGUAGAGCCUAGAAAGAGGUCGAUAAAUUUAAGGAACAACAACUUAGAAGGAAAAAAAAACAACAUAUCAAUCUCCGAAGAUCCAGAAGAUUGAAGUAGAUUCUACGUUUGGCAAUGAACCAUCUGGUGACCAUACCUCGGCAUCAAGCCGUUCUUAAUUAUACCCUGAGACGUCUGCUUACAAAUGCUGCAAGUGGUAAUCCAAUAACAUCGCUGAAAGGAAACCAUACCAAAGUUCAUCCGUCUUGGACUGACAAAAAUGAAGACCCAAAAACAUCAAAAUCUCAGUCCACUUGUAGGCCUAUGUGGAGCAAUUUUUACGGCUUAAACUCCUCCCUGCGGAUUGGUAACAAGUCAAAAUUAAUUUCAAACUAUGAGAACAGCGAGGACCAGAACCAAGCUGUGCCUCAUUGCAAAGAAAACUCAUCAGAUUUAAACAAUUCAAAGGAUUUAAAAAAGCUAAAAUUUUACUUUCCUGACAACAAUAAAUAUAUCGCCAACUGGAACAAUUUAUUAAACAACACAUACGAAGGACUGUUGGGCUACAAAGUCAGUGUUUUAUCCCACCUGAAGCAACCACUAGGGCCAUUGCCUCCAUGUUCAAGAAAUUUUCACACAUCCACAUGCCAAUCUGCCAAUCGACCUGCUCCUUUACCUCCAUAUGAACCACCAAGAGAUGCUCUAGGUCUGACCUAUAUAUCUGACCUUAAUGAAGAAGAUGCUGAACGAAUAAAAAAUGUUGCAUAUGAGGAACUGAAACUAUUAUUGGAGAAGCACAAUAUUGCAUAUACAAAGACGAAGGCAAAGAAACGAACUACAGAUAGUGGACUAUUUGGGACAGCACUUGAAGUACUUGUUGCAAAGGAUAUUAAGAAAAAUAGACUUGUUUCUGAUCUGAAAGUUCCAGCUGUAUUUUCAUUGAUGGUUCGAUUCAUUGAGGAAAAUGGCAUGCUCGUACAAGGGAUCUUCAGGGUACCAGGAUCAGCCGAAAGAAUCAAAGCUUUUAGAAAAGAGCUAGAGGAAAAUUUCUACAAGAUACCUAACUAUUCUAUAUACGACCACACAAAUAUCAGUGAGUUGACUGUUCAUGAAGUAUCCUCAGCCUUUAAGGCCUUCCUCAGAGAACUACCAGCAUAUCUGAUAUCCAGUGAAAGAAUGGAGUGUUUCCCUAAUAUUAAAACGCUGCCCUUCACAGAACAAAUAAAAGCCACCAAUAUGUUCAUUUUAUCCAUGAAAGAAGAAUACAGAGACACACUGCAGGUCUUCUUAAGAUUGAUGAAUUUGACUAUUGAAAACAAGAGCGUCACACAAAUGGAUGAUCAAAAUCUGGCCACUUGUCACGCUCCAAAUGUCUUUGCAAUGCCCAAAGGUUCAGAGACAGAUAUGACAAGAAUUAAUGACAACUUUGGCUAUUUUAAAACAUUAACAAAUUACAACAAAAAACUAUUUGCUGUUCCCCCCAACUUUAUAAGUCAAAUUAGGCAACAAUAUGCAACUGGAGUUUCUGCAAAGCCAAAACGAAAAUUUAUUUCCAAGUUGUUAGGAAAGAAAUCAAAAGGUGAAGAAAUACCCCCACCAAGGGAAGAAUUGAUGAGAUUAAAAGAAGUUCAAAUUGAAGUUCAUGCUCCACAAAUGACCAGGGAAAGUGCUGUCAUCACAAUCAAUGAGUCAACAACGGCUAAGGAUGUUAUAUAUCAGUACGAGGCUAUUCCUAAAACCAUUUUAGAAGAUGCCAGAAGAAAUAUUGCUCAGGGAGAGAAUGAAGACAGAGCUAUUGAAUAUUUGUGUGAAGUUGGUGGAAAUAUAGGUGAGCGUUGCCUUGACCCUGAAGCUAAAGUCUUGGAAGUGUACCGUGUUAAUCCCACAGCUGAAUGGAUGAUCAAAACCAAGAAAGGGAGAUAAGUAUUUACAAAAACAGGAAUCGGUCUGUUAAGUGAGCUAAUUUUUGUUUUCAAAUAGAAAAUUGAUUAAAGGAAAGGAGAAACAUGUCUUAGUUAUAUUCAUUCUAUUUUAUAUAUAAACUGUUCUGCUUAUGAUUACAUUACAAACAAACAGUAGAGAACCAUUAAAUUAAAUUUGUAUGAAUUACAUUCAUUUGAUUAUACCAAAUUCUGUAGAUUUUUUAAAUCUGUAGUCUAUAGCAAUGUUGUGUAAAAAUGCAUCUAUUAAUUGGUUUGAAAACCUUUUACCAACAGAGACAAAUUUACAAGAAAAUAUUUGUUUUGUGACAUCAUAGUUGACAAAUGUAGACUAAAUGCUUAUGUGGAUCUAGCCUAUUCUCUUAUUACUAAUACAAUAUUAUUUGACUAUUACUAUUGCAACAUUUACAUCAGUUAUAUCUAGGCCUACUACAAACAGAAUUAGAAGAUUGUGAAAUGCAGAUAUUGUAUCAAUAAAUGAGAAAUAAAUACUGUAAUGUUCUA